GCCAGAUAUGUUUUAGUCUCACCGUAUCCAGGCUGGAGUUCUAGCCUUGUCCUAGCUGGUGGGCAGAGGGCUGAAGUCAGCGCGCCCUGGAAUCAACAACAUUCCUGCUGGAAUCGGCAACCUGCACCCCCAGGCCUUUUUCCUCCGGACACCUGGGUCAACUGGGGGGGGGUCUCAGGAGCGGGACUCAGAAGGUCGGGCUUCAUAGCAGACACUGUUGCCAGCCGAGCCAUCUUGAAGGCUCUGGACGUGAGACCUUGACUUUUGUUACAGGGCUGGUGUGAUGCGUGUGGUGGUGAUUGGAGCCGGAGUCAUUGGCCUGUCCACGGCCCUCUGCAUUCACGAGCGUUUCCAUCCAACCCUGCCGCUGCACGUGAAGAUCUACGCAGACCGCUUCACCCCACUCACCACGAGCGAUGUGGCUGCGGGCUUCUGGCAGCCUUAUCUCUCCGACCCCAUCGACCCACAGGAGGCGGACUGGAACCAGCAAACAUUCGACUACCUGCUGAGCCACCUCCACUCUCCAAAUGCUGAGAAAAUGGGCUUGGCUCUGAUCUCAGGCUACAAUCUCUUCCGAGAUGAAGUUCCGGACCCUUUCUGGAAAAACACAGUUCUGGGAUUUCGAAAGCUCACCCCCAGAGAGAUGGACAUAUUCCCUGAUUAUAGCUACGGCUGGUUCAACACAAGCCUCCUUCUAGAGGGGAAGCGCUAUCUCCCGUGGCUGACAGAGAGGUUAACGGAGAGGGGAGUCAAGCUCAUCCAUCGGAAGGUGGAGUCUUUCGAAGAGGUGGCAAGAGGAGGCGCGGAUGUGAUCAUCAACUGCACCGGGGUGUGGGCCGGCGCUCUGCAAGCAGAUCCCUCCCUGCAGCCCGGCCGGGGCCAGAUCAUCCAGGUGGAUGCCCCAUGGAUGAAGCACUUUAUCAUCACACAUGACCCAGGCCACGGCAUCUACAACUCCCCAUACAUCAUCCCCGGGUCCAAGACAGUUACUCUUGGAGGUGUGUUUCAGCUGGGGAACUGGAGUGAGUUGAACAGUGUCCAGGACCACAACACCAUUUGGAAGGCGUGCUGUAAACUGGAGCCCACCCUGAAGAAUGCAAGAAUUGUUGGAGAACUCACAGGCUUCCGGCCUGUCCGGCCUCAGGUUCGGCUAGAAAGAGAGCAGCUCCGUUUUGGAUCUUCAAGUGUGGAGGUCAUCCAUAACUACGGUCAUGGAGGCUACGGGCUCACAAUUCACUGGGGUUGUGCCAUGGAGGCAGCCAACCUCUUUGGGAAAAUUCUAGAAGAAAAGAAACUGUCCAGGAUGACUCCAUCCCACCUCUGAGGAGUCUAAUGACCACCACCUGACCCCAAGAGGAUACCCCAACCCCUUUGGCCAAUUGAUGCGGUCCUUGAUGAUUUCCCUCCCCCCUCCCUGCUUGUUAAUUGAUACACUCCUUGAUGACCCUCCCACCCCAACCCCAGCUCCCUUUGGUAAAGACAUGAGGUGAGGAAAUCCUGAUGCUCCUUUCAUCCUUCGCUGCUUGGUCCUUCCCAUGUGUUUGGUCUGAUAAAAAUAGCUGCAGUGAAUGCUGGCUGAUCCUAACCACGUCUCGGUGAGACAGGCAAGAUCUAAGACCAUGAUGCCAUCGCUCUCAUGCCAGAAAGACUGUCUGAGGGCUGGUUGGGUGGCAGGGCCUGUGCUCAGUGGUGCGGAGCCUUUUGCUUAGAACUCUGAUGAGCGGUUUACAGCACUGUCAGUAGUGAUGGGAGGAGGGGCUCCUCCCCUCGUCACUGGCUGCUCAACACGAUUACAACACCGGCUAUCCAAACUCUCUUCAGGAUUGAUCCUAAGACAUGUUUCCUCCUCAUUCCCACCACUACGGGGGGUCUCUGUGGUCUUGAGGAGAAUGUUUAUGUAUGUGUGAGGGAAGGGGAAAGAGGGGGAGGGCAUGGCUCAGGCCCUUGGGCAUGCUAGGUAACCACAUCCUCUUGAGACUGGAAGUCAGAGAAGCAUAGAACCUUGGGCACAGUGAAUGUCUUUGUUUACACUUGUUAACUUAUUGUGUCUGUGGGUGUGAGUGUGCAUGGUCAUGAGGUAGAGGACAGCCCACAGCAAGUCAGUUCUUUCCGUCAUCGUGAGGGAUCCAGGGAUCAAACUCAGGUCAUCGGGCUUGGCAGCAAGCACCUUUACCCACUGAAUCAUCUCACCAGCCCACUGAACGUCUUCUGACAUUUUCUGAAAUCCUCUCAUGUGGAGAGAAACGGGCAACAUUUCCACAAAUAAGUAGGGGGUUCUGCAGCAGGACUGCUUACAGUUAGGUCCAGUGGAUUUCUGGGUGUGGCAGUCCUGGGACUACUUGAAAAUACUGAUUAAAAAAAUACCCUUUUAUUUCAUUUAUUUACUCUGUGUGUGCGUGUGUGUGUGUGUGUGUGUGUGUGUGUGUGUGUGUGUUGGGAUCUUGAGUCAGGGUUUCCACGUAGCCAAGGUUGGCCUUGAACUUACAAUCUU